AUGAUGGAAAAUUCAUUUAUAUUUACCAUGGACUCAGGACCAUUUCUUGAUAUAAUUCCGAUUUUAUUAGGUCAUUUUGACUUACUAAGUCUGAUACGUUUAGCACAAGCAUGUCGUUUUUGGAAACGACGGCUUUAUGGCGAUUUGAAACUAUGGCCAAAUGUUAUUGAAUUACCAUUCAUCUGUCACAUGCGUGUUUAUGAUUGCAAAUGUCAUGAUACUGAAAAAACCAUUCAAGUAAAAUGA